UCCGGGAGAUGGUGAUGGACUGGUGUACUGCAGUCCAUGGGGUCGCAAAGAGUUAGAUAGGACUGAGUGACUGAACAACAACAACAAUCUGAACUUCUGGUCUUUUUCUUUUUUUCUUUUAAACAGACAGCUGAAGAAGUUUUGAGGGAAAUCCACCGCUUUUUAAACAUUACCAACUAAUCUUGAUAUGUAAAAAAAUUACAAUAUGGGCCAAAGGAAACAUAUCUCUGAUUUUGAUUUCAUUAUUCUGCUGGCUUCAUAGACCACAAACAAAGAGAUUGCAGAAGAAAAGUGAUUUAGAUAAGUUCAUGAAUGUCAGGUUUUAAAAGAUUCUACUGUGUUUCAGAUGUCAACAUUCAGAUUAGCAUUUAUUUAUUCAACAAGUAGUUAUUGAAUGACUGCCACGUACCAAGCACUACCAGAGAAUCAAAGAUGCAGAAACAUUCUUGGGCCUGACCUUUUAGUGGGAGGCACACAAACGAUGACAAGACAGUGUAACUAUUAAAAAGAAGUCUGAAUGAGCAGGAUGAUGCUUGAUAAUGGAAGGAGGAGUUUAAAGUUGGUCCUGUAGAGAAGUAAGGAGAGUCUUCAUUUUAUCAACCUUGACCUUUCUGAGCAUGGAGGGCAGAAACAAGGAGAACAACUCCACAGAGAAAUCUGAAGAACGUAUGAGUUGCAGACCUACAUCAGUAGAAGCUGAAAAGGGACAGGGAACUUCUGGUGAAGCAGAGAUAGCAAAAAAUUCAGCACAGGGGACCAAAAGAAAAAGAGAUACAAAAAAUAGCACAGCCUGCGGUCCAGGAGACAUGUCACAACGUUGUGACGGUGUGAAACCUCCCAAGACACCGAUGCGGAUCCCCAUCCCCCCUCUACCUGCUGUCCUGCCGCCAGUCAACCUGGUCCAUAGGGACGUCAUUCGUGCUUGGUGCCAGCAGUUAAAACUGAGCACCAAAGGCCCGAAACUAGAUGGAUAUAAACGACUCUGUGAAUAUACUUACCCUCAUCAAAAAAACAUUCCUGCCACAGCACAGGAGGCCAGGAUCCUGUCACUAUCGAAAAGGAUAAAGAUAGAAAAGGGGGAACUACCACUGGAAUGCUCUGUUGAGAGAAUGUCUUCUGAAGGGGCUGCUCCUCCUGCACCAGGGCCAUCUGCCCUUGAGGGAGCUCCUCCGCCUCCUGAGGCAGUUGUAUCAACUUCUGCCCCCAACUCAGAAGCUGUGUUUGCCGCCUGGAGCAGAAUGACAGCCAGGGCCGUGAAGAUGGAGUCAGUACGAUCACAAGAGACUUGUGAGGUCCAGUGGUGCGUGGUCCACAGGAGAAGUCUCCCAGCUAACACAGAAGGCUGGGUUCGUUUACAGUUUCAUGCUGGGCAGGCCUGGGUGCCUGGAAAACGAAGGAGGGUGUCUGCAUUCUUCCUGAUACCAUCUGGUGACUUUCCACCCCCACACCUGGAGGACAAUAUGCUGUGCCCUGAGUGUGUACACAGGAAUAAUUUAUUAACAAAAAGCCUGCAGUGAGAUCAUAAUACCAGUAAAAGGGUA